AUGACCAAUUUAGACACAGGAGAAGAUCCAAAAAUAACAGAGACAUUGAGAGGCAAAGUAAGAAAAAAGUUUAAAAAUACUAAGAUUAAUCAAGGCGAAAAAUCUUCAACUCAGCUGCUCAUUGAUACUAAGAUAUAUCAUUUAUCAUUGCCUACCCCACAGGCUGAAGUCUUGUUGGAUGAGGGUCUUUCAUUUUUCAUUCUGAGUGGUGAAGAAGGCUCCGCCUUGGACCAGUCUUCAGAGCAGUCAUCAGUAAAUGAUAGCGACUCCAGACUCUUUUCCCUUGGCUAUAAUUUGCAAAAUGUUACUGAGAGCCAAGACGAAGAUUUUGUGGAAGAAGUCAUGUUUACAGAUUUACUUGAAGUAAAAGCUGCUGAAUAUGAAGAUGAUCUGGAACGAAUGGAAAAACAGCAGGCAAUUAUUUUUGUGCCAAGUAGUUCUCCAGGUAAUGUUCUUUUCCAGUAA